CACAUUUCUUUGGAGAAUGCGUCACGCAGAUGUAAUGACCUCCACCGAACCGAGCUCCCUUUCUGAUCGAUUAUAUAACAUAUCGCCGAUGAAGAGAUUGCGAGCGAAGUUAUCGUGGUGGAAACAGCAUCGGACUGGCGGCAAUUCGUCGGAAAUCCAUCAACAGCAGGAAACAAGCCACGGGCCACCCUCUGAGAGCAUUCCAGUUUCCUUCUUCCCGGAUGGAGUUGAAGUUCUGCACGAGUGCCGCGACGCUGCGGUCGACAUCUGCUUUGUCCACGGUUUGACUGGUAGUCGGGUCAGCACUUGGACCGCCCAUGGGCAGUCCAAACCUUGGCCCGAGACGCUCCUGCCGCCCAAGCUCAGCAGAGCUCGCAUACUCACGUACGGCUACGACGCAUACAUCGUGCGGAAAUCGGUCGCAUCGACAAAUGGGCUCAUCGAUCAUGCCGCGAACCUCUUGAAUGACCUAUCGACCGACAGAGCCUAUUCCGAUGCGUCCUCUCGACCAAUAAUCUUUGUUGCCCACAGCCUCGGUGGCCUCGUGUGCAAGGAAGCCAUUCUUCUCUCUCGAAACAAUCCCGAACCACAUCUCCAGGGCAUAUUCGACUACACCAAAGGCAUUAUAUUUCUGGGCACGCCUCACAGGGGAUCCUGGAUGGCCAAGUGGGCCGAUAUACCAGCUUCGGCUCUUGGGGUCGUCAAGUCCAUUAACAAGUCGUUGUUAAAGAUCUUGGAGACAGACAAUAAGUACCUGGAGUCCGUUCAGGAUCGGUUCUGGUCUAUGGUACGCGAACAGCAGAAGGCCGGUCGGGAUCUAGAGAUUACGUGCUUCUUUGAAGAACUGCCCUUAUCUGGAGUCGGAAAGGUCGUCUCCAAGGACUCGGCUACCCUUGAGAGUUACAACGCUAUCAGCAUCCAUGCCAACCAUAGCAAUAUGGUCAAGUUUAGCUCCGAGGACGACAAUGGCUUCAAAAGGCUACUUGGCGAGCUGAUUAGAUGGGAAUCGCAAAUUAGGAACUCAGUUGCCGGGCAACCAAGACGACCGAUAGAAGAAACCCUCAUACACAAGUCAGCCAACUCGUCCUCCAACAACUAUGGCUCCGGCGACCAAGUCAACGCUCCUGGCGGUACCGUGAACAAGAGCACAGGCAGUGGCAACCAAUUCCCUGGCGCUGCUUUCCAUGGGAGUGUCUCUUUUGGGUCGCCCUCGCCACAAAAUCCGCCCUCCGAUCAUUCGAAGUAACCCUUCACACCACCGCAACACUAGUUAGAGGCUAAGGAUCAAGUUCUCGAUAGCAUGUCGUUCGUUGUUGACUGGGCCUUGAUGCUUAGGUGGUGGGAGCAGGCGUUAGUGCGCGUUUGGCACCGUAGCUCGAAGACUAUCAUUUUCUCGAUAGGGUUAGGAUUAAAUAAAUGAAUCACGGCAA